UAAGUGACAAGCAUGGUCAAAUAAUAAUCAUGAAUAAUGAAUAAUCAAACAAUUCUGGGAAUGAAGUAUCAACAUUGAGCUCACAGUUAAAGGGAAACUGUCAGUGAUUCAUGUUUAUUAUAAUGUGAGUCAAAACGCUAAAGAAUUUGUAAUACAAUUGAAACUAUAGCCUACAACCGUUUUCGGUUUGUAAUUGAAACUGUAGCCUACCGACAAUUAGGUGGAUAUCCUCAUAUUAAAUAUUGUCGUAUGUUUCCCUCAGUAUCCUAUCGGGUCUUCUUAUGAUUCAUAACGCCCGUGAUUCCAGCAACAUUUAUUAAGUAGAAUGAUUGAUUUCCGUGUCAAACGCAGUCUUUAACAAAAAUAGAGACAACACUGCUAGACGAGAAAAUUGACAUGUAGGUCGUGCGCCCUCCAUUUUUGUGUUGAGGGAACUGUACACCCUCCUAUCACAUAGUAGGCAGCAGACAGUGGAGCUAAAAGACGCACAGCGCAUCCGCUUGCCUCCCCAUUGACGUCACUUUGGUAUCACAUGAACGAGAAGGGACCAAUCCAAGUGGCUCUAUCGAAGUGCUUGGGUUCUUUCACGAAGAUAGAAGAAAAAGACAGUAAAAAGGAACCAUGCCAAUGACCGUUUAAAGACCAAAAACACGAAGAAACACGUCGCCUUUGGAUUUGGGUGUUUUGUAUCAAAGCUACGUGACUUGUAUGAGUUCAAUCUGUGGAAGAUGUUAUCUGGACUGGGGCUGGCAGAAUGGACAUGGCCCGAACAUAUUGAGUAGCUCUUUGGGGGUGCUAAACGCGGACAGGAUAGACAUUACAGUGGGAAUGGUGUGGAUAUAGGAUUAUUUGCCUAUCCAAUAACUGCUCUUUUACUUUUCCGUUCUGAAAUACCCCCAUCAAAGACUCUUUCAUGGCUUUUCUAUCAGUGGCUCCGCCGUGUCUGUUUUUCGCCCACAACACUCUUUUAACAAUUGAGGUCGUAUCGCGGUAGCUUUGCUCCCAAGGUUUACAAUCCAACUGGCUUUUCUUUUUAAAUAUAUAUUUAAAAAACGAAUAUUAGAUAGGCCUACAUUGUUACCUAUAGGAUAUUUUUGCGACUAGUUGAAUAUGGAUUUUAACAGCAGCGGCGAGGGUAACGAGCUACAUAAUAAACAAUUCUAUCAAUCUGAGGAGAGCAAGCCUUUGCUGGGGGAGAUGUCUGCGUCGACGCCACCCGAGGGGAAUAAUAUUAAGUUAGGCGCCGGGCCGUGCAAGAGAACCCUUCUCCAUUGCAGCAGCGGGAUGCGAUAUAAACUACUACAGGAGGGGGACAUCCAGGUGUGUGUGGUGAAACACCCUCGGACCUUCCUCAGCAAAAUUCUAACCUCAAAAUUCUUACGGAGAUGGGAACCGCACCACCUCACCUUGACAGACUGCAGCCUGGCGUCUGCGACGCCCACGGGGUACAUGGAGGCUGCCCUGUCCUACAGUACCAUAGAGGACCUGCAGCUGCUCUCCUGGGAUAAUGCCCCCAAAUAUUGUGUGCAGCUCAGCUUCCCCGGGGGCACCGUCCUCCUGCAGGCAGCCAACAGCUAUCUGCGGGACCAGUGGUUUCAUUCCCUGCAGUGGAAGAAAAAGAUCUAUAAGUACCGUAAGGUUCUGAACAACCCGAGUCGCUGGGAGGUGGUUCUGAAGGAGAUCAGAUUGCUGGUGGACAUGGCCCUGACCUCUCCCCUGCAGGAUGAGUCCAUCCACCAGGCCCCGCUGCAAAUCAUCUCCACCCUGCUGGCCGAGAACACCAACCUCAGCUCUCAGGACCAUGAGAACAUCAUUGUGGCCAUCGCUCCUCUCCUGGAAAAGAACCACCCUCCACCGGACCUGUGUGAGUUCUUCUGCAAGCACUGUCGGGAGCGUCCGCGGUCGAUGGUUGUGAUUGAAGUGUUCACCCCUGUGGUCCAGAGAAUCCUCAAACACAACAUGGACUUUGGGAAAUGCCCCAGACUGCGUCUCUUCACUCAAGAGUACAUCUUAGCUCUAAAUGAGCUCAACGCUGGGAUGGAGGUCGUGAAGAAAUUCAUUCACAGCAUGCAUGGUCCCUCCGGGCAAUGCCCUCACCCCCGCGUCCUGCCCAACCUGGUGGCAGUGUGCCUGGCUGCCAUCUACUCCUGCUACGAGGAGUUAAUCAACAGCCGGGACAACUCCCCAAGUCUGAAGGAGAUCAGGAACGGCUGCCAGCAACAGAAUGAGCGUAAACCCCCCCUGCCACUCCGCCUGCUGCGCCCAGAGCCCCCCACACCUCCACCAACGGCCCUGCUGCCCCUCUCCCCUCCCCCCUCAGCCAUCGUCAACUCCAGUGAGAUCCUGGUGGAGUUGGAACGCAACAACAACACUGCCAACGCCAGGCGGAAGGGCCCAGGGGGAGGCGACAGUGAGCCCAACCUGAUCGACUGUCUGCUGGUCAGCCCCGCCCUCAACGCCCUGUCAAUCCAGCUGCCUGCCCAGGCCGACCGCGUGUUGGGCUGCUUCGCACUCAUCCUCAAAAUGCUGUCUGACUACGAUGACUGGAGACCAGCCCUGGCCAGCCUGCUGCAGCCCAUCCCCUUCCCCAAAGAGGCCCUUGCACAUGCCAAAUUCACAAAAGAGCUGAAAUAUGUUAUUCAGAGGUUUGCAGAAGACCCCAGACAGGAGGUCCACUCCUGUCUGCUCAGUGUGCGCUCUGGAAAGGACGGUUGGUUCCAGCUCUACAGUCCAGGGGGUGUGGCCUGUGAUGAUGAUGGGGAGCUCUUUGCCAGCAUGGUCCACAUCCUUAUGGGUUCCUGCUACAAAACAAAGAAGUUUCUCCUGUCCCUGGCUGAAAACAAGCUCGGACCCUGCAUGCUCCUGGCUCUGCGUGGGAACCAGACCAUGGUUGAGAUCCUGUGCCUGAUGCUGGAGUACAACAUCAUCGAGAACAAGGACACCCAGCUGCAGAUCAUCUCCACCCUGGAGAGCACUCCGGUGGGCCUUCACAUGUACGAGCAGCUGUGUGACAGGCAGAGGGAGCUCAAAGAGCUGCAAAGAAAAGGGGGCCCAACCCGACUUACUCUGCCCUCCAAGUCUACGGAUGCAGACCUUGCAAGGCUACUGAGCUCUGGCUCCUUUGGGAACCUGGAGAACCUGAGUCUUGCCUUUACCAAUGUCACCAGUGCCUGUGCUGAACAGCUCAUCAAGCUGCCCUCUCUCAAACAGCUCAACCUGUGGUCCACCCAGUUUGGAGAUGCAGGACUGCGGUUGCUGUCUGAACACUUGGCAUGUUUGCAGGUGUUGAAUCUGUGUGAGACACCCGUGACCGAUGCUGGCCUGCUGUCCCUCAGCUCCAUGAAGAGCCUGUGCAGUUUGAACAUGAACAGCACCAAGCUCACAGCAGACACAUAUGAUGACUUAAAGGCAAAACUCCCCAAUCUGAAGGAGGUGGAUGUCCGCUACACCGAGGCCUGGUGAACACAUCCUGUAUGACAUCACUAGAACACCAACUCCCACAUCAUCCCAACAUGAGGAUAACCUGAUAUCAUCGGAACACAUAGCCUCUCUUACAUCAACAAUAAAAGGAUCCUCUCCCAUCUCUAGAUGAGGACACUUUUAUCUGGAGAUGACAUCAAAACGCCACGACCUCUAGUAACAUGUCCAUGGAAAAUUACUAUCUUUCUAGUGACAUCAUCAAAAUACAAGGACCUGUUCUUUCUUGUGAAAUCAACAUACAAGGACCUCCUUUUUAGUGACAUCAUCAAAAUGCAAGGACCCACUUUCUUGUGACAUAAGGGACCCUCUCUUGCUCUCGUUCUCUCUCAUGUGUGGUUGCUCACUCAGUCCCUGUCCACAUCCUAUUUGCCCUCAAUAGACUCGUCAUAGAUUUCCUCUGUGUUGUGUCAUAUGUACACAGAACAAAGUUAACAAAUGGUGGAUCUUGCCCCUUUCUCCCCUCUCCCUCUCCUGCUCUCUUUAAGGACCUUUGAGUUUAAAUUACCUCUCUUCCCUCCAUUUACUGGGAGCAAUUCUACCCUUGUCUGAUGAAGGCUGGAUAACCAGGUCACAUUCCAGUACAUUGUUUUGAUAUUGCCUCUAGUCAAUCCAAAUGUAGCUUUAAAAGACUAUUCAACUGUCA